AUGGAGGGCGGUGGGAAGUUAGCAUACAGCUACGGCGGCGUGGAGCCCCGCAAGUUCGGGCUCGGCCUCGUCGCCGGCCUCCUCCUCGUAUCCUGCGCCUACUUCUCCUCCAUCAAAUUCGACGCCGUCCACAUCGUCAUGAGCAAGCAACCGAUUAAACCACAAGCAUAUUUGGAUUCGGGCCUGCAAGAUCAAGGUGCAUGGUCGUCGAAGGAGGGGAGCAAGGCUGAGGUGCUCGAGAAAGAUGGCGACGUCGGCAACGGCAUUUCCUCUUUCGGGCAAGGUGAAUCAGGUCGUGUAAGCUCUCUCGAGGAAAAGCAGAAAGAUGAGACGUUUGCGGGGAAUGGUGAUGCCGCAGGCGUUGCUGUUGUCUCUGCGGCCCCACCGGAUCUAGCAGAGGAGGGUGGCAAGGAUGAGGUUCCUGAGAAGGAUGAUGACCCAAGUGCCGUUGCUGCUCUUCCUCCCUUGUCAUCAGAUUCCUCAGACAGCACGCAAGAAUCAGGUGUUCUUGAAGAUCAGGAACUGCAGGUGCGGAAUGCUAUUGCAGCAGCUGCUAAUCCACCCAAGGAAAGCAAUAGUAUCAGCAGCAACGACAACGGCAGCUCCUCUGAGACUCCGCCUGAUCCAGCUGAAAUCCCUGUUCCUGUUCCCUCUCCAGAAAUUGAGCCCCCUUCUUCUGCUAACGAGAUUUCUGCUACUUCUUCGGAGGUUACGGCCCCUCCAUUUCAGAUGACUCCACCUAUUCCUGAGGUCAAGCAAACAGAUUGGGAGGCGCCGGUGCGGGAGUGGAAGCCGCUGUGCGACCUGACGUCGAACUAUCGCAUCGACUGGUGCGAGCUGGAGGGCGACGUCCGCGUGGUCGGCUCCAACGCCAGCGUCACCCUGGUGGCGCCGCCCUCUGGUGCCGACAACCACACCUUUCACGAGGAGUCAUGGAGCAUCAAGCCGUACCCGCGCAAGGCGGACCCGAACGCCAUGCACAGCGUCCGCGCGCUGACAGUGCGGUCGGUGGCCGCCAUGGCCACCGCCACCGACGCGCCGCCGCCGGCCUGCACGGACUGGCACGACGUGCCGGCGCUGGUGUUCUCGGUCCGCGGGUACACGGGUAACUACUUCCACGCGUACACGGACGUGAUCCUGCCGCUGUUCCUGACGGCGCGGCAGUACGCCGGCGAGGUGGUGCUGCUGGUGACCGACUUCCAGGCGUGGUGGGUGGGCAAGUACCUUCCGGUGUUCAGGAGCCUCUCCAACUACGCGCCCGUGGACCUGGACCGCGACCCGCGCGUGCGCUGCUUCCGCCACGUCCAGGUCGGGCUCACCAGCCACGACGACUUCAGCAUCGACCCGCGCCGCGCGCCCAACGGCUACUCCAUGCUGGACUUCACCCAGUUCAUGCGCGAGACCUACGGGCUCCCGCGCGACGUCGCCCUCUCCCCCGUGGCGCCGGCGUCGCGGGAUCAGCGGCGGCGGCGGCCGCGGCUCCUGGUGAUCGCGCGCGCGCGCACGCGGCGGUUCCUGAACACGGAGGAGAUCGUGCGGGGCGCGCGGAAGGUGGGGUUCGAGGUGGUGGUGUCGGAGGGGGCGCACGAGGUGGCGCCGUUCGCGGAGCUGGUGAACACGUGCGACGCGGUGGUGGGCGUGCACGGCGCCGGGCUGACCAACAUGGUGUUCCUGCCCCGGGGCGGGGUGGUGGUCCAGGUGCUGCCGCUGGGCCCGCUGGAAUUCGUGGCAAGCUACUUCCGGGGCCCCGCCAGGGACAUGGGGCUGGCCUACCUCGAGUACCACGUCGCGCCGGAGGAGAGCACGCUGGUGGACCAGUACCCGCGCGACCACCCCGUGCUCGCGGAUCCCAUGAGCGUCAAGGCCAAGGACUGGGUGUCCUUCAUGGGGGUCUAUCUCUUCAAGCAGGACGUCCGCCUCGACAUGAAGCGCUUCCGGCCCGUACUCAAGAAGGCACUCGCGCGGCUUAGGGCAAAGCCCAAGAAUAACAACAACUAA